GAGGGGUGAAGGCUUAUCACCAGCAAUUCCUCUGUAUCCAUUUGACACUCCAUAAAGAGGAAAUAAUCUCCAGCCGAUAAGAUCCCACAGUCAAGCAACCCGAAACAACAGAAGCAUCAGGGUUACUGUUAGAGCCAAACUACCAUUGAGUUCGCACGAACAAAGUUUGAUUUUACGAACACACACGCGUUGUCCGUCAGUCUAAUUUUUUAAACCACUACAAUACAUAAAUUAAAACAGUCAAAUGUGUUUAAUUAAGUAAGUGUGACUUUCAAAUAAUUUUUUUUAAAAAAAAAACAUAUUCAUUAGCUUGUCAAACCUCUAGAAAAUAAUCUAUAAGACAUGAAAUUUUAUUACCGAAAAUUACUUGUUAAUCGACGUGUGUCUGGAUAGAACGUUGAAUUAAAGAAAAUCAAGUUAUCAUCACCACUGAUUGUGAUUUAUAGUGUGUGUAUCUGCAGACGCAUAUUCUCGUCGUGUUUCGUGACAUCUGAACUCCGUAUAUAAAUUACUAUGUGCUGUCGACCUAAGACGUCAUUUCUAAUAGACGACAUUCUUCAAGAUACACCUGGCAAGGCUUCAGAAGGUGAGAGCUCUAGAUGGCCAGAAAUACCAUCGACGACGACAUCCUUCUGUCUGAACCAAGGGACGCCACAUCACACUUCAGAUAUGAUUCGGAUGCCAACAUUGUCAGCGACGCGAGGCGUCUAUGUGAGUGACGGAUUUCCUACGGAGGACAGACUUCGUAUUCACGAUUAUCCACGUCAUCACAGCCAACCCCUGAUCGACACGCUUAUGACUGGAGCCCCUUACAGAGGAGGUUUCGGGCGGUGCUGGGCAGUGGUGCCUACCUAUUCGCUAACCGUCCUCACAAGACCUCCGGGCCACAACAAGAGGAAAGGCGGCCAAGUGAGGUUUUCCGCUCAGCAGACCUCAACUUUGGAGAGGAGGUUCAGUCAACACAAAUACCUCAGCCCUGAGGAAAGACGCCAUCUGGCAACUCAGCUGAAGCUCACCGAUCGACAGGUUAAAACAUGGUUCCAGAACCGAAGGGCAAAAUGGAGACGAACAAAUGCAUCAACGUCUAUAACCGACGGAUGCCAGUCAGAUGAUACGACGUCUUGUAACACAUUAACUGAUGAAGACGUCUUCGACAGUUCAUUAUCACCAAUAAAUAUUCCGAGGUGAUCCUUUGUUACAUUUGAUCUGACACUAGUUGUGUGUGAAAUACAGCAAGAAUGGCUUUACAGUGUAAAGGUUGUAUGAAAACAUUUUCCUUCUGGACACAUUGAAAGCCUUAAGUUACCAGCCCUGAUUUUUUUUUUUAAAUAUUCGUGACUGCGCUACAAACGUUAACCAAAAUAAAUCAAGAAUACAAUUCAUUUUCACAACCAAACUGUAUCAUUAUUUCGUAAUCCAUAUUUUAAGCAGGGCGUGACAUGUCAGUUUAUUUACAUUCUCGAUUUCCAUUUUAUCAAGAGUAAUGUGAUUUGGACAGAUUUAAGCUGGCUUAGGGCAAAGUCCAACUUUUCACAAGUUUAAAAUUUUUCUACAAAGAUAUUUAAUUGAAAUACGUGUAUAAUAUAGCCUGCUGACUUACUACCUGAACUAAUUUUUGAAAACCACCUCAGUAUGGCCUACGAUUUAACAAUACGAACUGUGCAGUACAAAAAUUCCGGUUGAAAUCAAUUCGACUACCAGUCCAUUAACGCACUUCAAAAACUUCGCGUUUAGAUUAAACUGUUUGUCCAAGUAAUAUUCCAUUAAAGUAGAAGCUAAGAGUGCGCUAUCAGAAAUAACAUUUGAACGAACUGUUGUCAAACUAGGCAUCGCGUAAUCUCGUACCAGUGAUUAAUGAGGCACAAGAGUGUCCACUUUCAACAAAGCAAUUAUAAUUUUUUUUUAACCAAUUAUAAAAAAAAAAUAUCCAUACUUGAAUAAAUACAAUGUACAACGAGA